AUGUCUGACAAGCUAAGCAGAUGCCGGAGGGAGCUGGCAGCAGCUAUUGACAGAGCAAUGGAAGAUCUCUCAGCUCCUCUCCAUCACUCCCCAGAUAGUACCACCGACCAGGACUUUGACUUGCUGACAGUGGAAUCCUUAAUGCCCUCCAGUGCAGAUCUUAUUAGUCACAGGGGAGAACCAACUCUGCCCACUGAAUGUUUCCCUCAGCAGUCUUUAACAGAUUCUUCUGUUCCAGAAAAAGAGAAUCCUCUCUUCAAGCCAAAUCUCACUCCACUGAUUGCAGCCUCCAACACUCUUUCUUCAAAACGGGAGCCACUAAUAAGCAAGGAAAAUACAUGUCUACACCCUCCAGUUUUCAUGACUGACAGGCAGUUCUUCAUUGGAAAAAUUGAUGAAAGGCCAGCGAAGCCAGACACAAGUGUAACUGCUACUGAUGUCCCUCUAGAGUGUUCUAAAGAUCUUGCAGACAUGAGUGGAAAUGCAGCUGUUUGCCCAGCAGAAAAGGUGCAAAGGAAGCCAGAUUUUGAUGAACUGCAGCAAAUCAGCAGGCUCUCAAUAGAACUGUUGCCUCCAGAUGAGGCUUCAGCCUUCGACCAGGAAAUAAGGAGCAGUUUCAGAAAAAUCCUGGAGAACAGCCCAGAGGAUGAAGAGAUCAUUGAAACACUGCUGGAUAUGGAAGAGGAUUACAGACUGAACAGCUCCACCCUGCACUAGCCUUAGGUAAGCUGGUGCAAGGUGUGAACUAUUUGAAAGCUCUGAUAAUAAGCAGUACUU